AUGGACAUGAAUUGCUUAAGGGAGAUAGAGGGGAAGGCGGCGCACGAUCGACCGAGGCGCUGCGUCUGGGUCCCGGGACCCGUGAUCGUCGGCGCGGGACCGUCGGGUCUCGCGGCCGCUGCUUGCCUGAAGGAGAAGGGGAUACCGUCGGUUGUGUUGGAGAGAUCGAGCUGCAUCGCGUCCCUGUGGCAGCUGAAGACGUACGACCGCCUGAGACUCCAUUUGCCGAAGCAGUUCUGCGAGCUUCCCUUGAUGCCCUUCCCGGCGGACUUUCCGACUUACCCUUCCAAGCAGCAGUUCGUGGGCUACCUGGAGGAGUACGCGGACCGGUUCGGGAUCCGGCCCGAGUUCAACAGGGGGGUGGUGCGGGCGGAGAUCGACCCGGCUAUUGGGAUGUGGCGCGUGGAGACGGAGGAGGUGGAGUAUGUUUGCCGGUGGGUGGUGGUGGCGACGGGGGAGAACGCGGAGGCGGUGGUGCCGGAGAUUGAAGGGGUGGCGGAGUUCGGUGGGGAAGUGGUGCACACGAGCGGGUAUAAGAACGGGUCUCCGUACAAGGGCCGGAAGGUGCUGGUCGUCGGAUGCGGGAAUUCGGGUAUGGAGGUUUGCUUGGAUCUGUGCAACAAUGGCGCGAGCCCUUCACUCGUCGUCAGGGAUUCCGUACACAUUCUACCACGAGAGAUGCUGGGAAAGUCGACUUUCGGGCUGUCCAUGUGGCUGCUCAAGUGGCUCCCCAUUCGUGUUGUGGACCGGUUGCUGUUGGUGGCUUCCCGGCUGUUGCUGGGGGAAACGGGCCGAUUCGGUCUGGAGAGGCCCCGGCUGGGCCCUCUCGAGCUAAAGAAUCUUUCCGGUAAGACCCCGGUAUUGGACGUUGGAACCCUUGACAAGAUCAAAAGUGGAGACAUCAAGGUGUACCCUGGAAUCAAGAGAUUAAGGCAUCAAUCAGUUGAAUUUGUGGAUGGAAGAAAAGAAAACUUUGAUGCUAUAAUCCUAGCAACUGGUUACAAAAGCAAUGUACCAUAUUGGCUAAAGGAAAGUGAGAUGUUCUCGGAGAAAGAUGGUCUGCCGAGAAGACCUUUUCCGAACGGGUGGAAAGGGCAGUGUGGGUUGUACGCAGUCGGGUUCACGAAACGAGGCCUUGUUGGGGCGUCCAUGGACGCCAAGAACAUUGCAGCCGAUAUCGAGAGCCAAUGGAGGACCGAGGCAAAGCAAGUCUCGGCUAUCUCUUUCUCACAAUCUAUGCAAAAACAUGUGCUCGAGUUCCAACCCUAA